GGAAGCUGGGUGGGGGAAAGGGAGAGGCUAGCUUGGAGAAGGACUAGCAGGGGAGUCCGGCGCAGCGGGCACUCCGGGCACUCGGGCCGGGCCGUCCCCGCCAACAAGGCGCCGCCAUUCCGCUCCUCGGGGCGCCGCCACCGCCGCCCCCGCGCCGGGGAGCCAUGCCCCCGCCGCCGCCGCGCCAGCCGCCGCCCCCGGCGCGCACCGCGCGGGGCUCCGUGCGCCUGCAGCGGGCCUUCCUGCGCGGCCCGCUGGGCGUGCUGCGGCUGCUGCAGCUGCUGGCCGGAGCCGCCUUCUGGGUCACCAUCGCCACCAGCAAGUACCAGGGCCCCGUGCACUUCGCUCUCUUCGUGUCGGUGCUCUUCUGGCUGCUCACCCUGGGCCUCUACUUCCUCACCCUGCUGGGCAAGUACGAGCUGGUGCCCGUGCUGGGCUCGCGCUGGCUCGUCGUCAACGUGGCACACGACCUGCUGGCGGCCGCCCUCUACGGGGCCGCCACGGGCGUCAUGAUCGACCAGACCCAGCGCCACAACUACUGCAACCUCAAGAAUUACCCGCUGCCUUGCGCCUACCACGCCUUCCUAGCGGCCGCCGUCUGCGGCGGCCUCUGCCUCGGCCUCUACCUGCUCUCGGCGCUCUACGGCUGCUGCCGUCGAUACCAGGGCAAGGAGGAGGUGGUGUGAGCCCCCCACCCCUACCCCGAUCGGCGCGCGGGGUGGGGGGGGGGGUAGCCCCGGGCGUUCUUCCCGCCGUCGCCGCGCCCCUGCGCCCAGCGCCCUUCCCCGCCGCCUCGCGUUUCCACUGCCACCCGCAUCCAGGACACCUCCCCUCCCCCCUCCCCGACGUGCAGUUCCAGCUGGAUGCCCGCUCCAGGCACCGCCACCGUCCCGUGGGCAGCCCCACGAGGAACCCUGCCACCUCUUUCCCCCUUCCCUACUGAGACGGAGACGUGGACAGACGCCCCGCAUGGAUCCGGAGCUCACAAAUUGGAAACAGUCUUAGAGCUGCACCCCCGCCCCCUCCUUCCGGUCCCCGCUGGCCUUCCGAAGGCCACUCCUUUCCCCGGCCCCUGGUCCCCGUCCUAGCUUCAGGUGCUGUAAAUAGCCGGCCGCCGCGGGUGGGGCUGGGGACAGGCCUCAGCUGGCCAGCAGGCGCGCCCGAUGAGUUCUGCCAAAGUUGGAUUUUAUUUGGGGAUUGUGCGGACUGCUUGCGUAGCCCCUCCCUGCCCAUCCUUGGGUGCUUUGAUGACUUAGGGUGGGGCCAAUCCGGAGGUGGGGGCGGAUUAGUAAAGGCCUGUGGGCUGUACCGCGGCGCCGGUGGGGUCUUCGCUUGCCUCUGCCUCCUCUGGCUUUGUUCACGCAGGCCAAGCCCAAACGGGCUUAAGUUUCCAGCCCUCCAAGUAGCGCAAGUUCUCUUUUCAGAGCUCAGUCACUGGCCUGUGCUCCACCUCACCCCUCCAUAUCAUACAGUAGGGAUUCCACGCCACCAACACGAGUGUUAGGGUGAGGCCCGCCACCAUCUCUUUGUACAGAUGGAUACCCAAAGCCUGUUUAUGGGAACAGCCAGCAUAAGAUAAUCGGGUGUCUGCGCUCACCAGCACUGUUUGCACUAAAGCAGUGGGUGUUCCAGGAAGCUUGGCUCAAAAGCCACCAGCGAGAGGGUUUGGAAGCCAGCUGCACUUGACAAUGGCACGCUCUCUCCUUUUUGAAGACUGGUGAUAUUCCUUAGCAUAGCAAGGAUUUAGGAUGCCUACAGUCCAAGAGGCCCAGGCACAGAGAUUGAGUUGACUACAUGAGCUGCAUCUAGGCAUGGGCCAGUGUUUCCUACCUUAAGAUGUCAGUCAGCCCACAGUCCAACCUACUGAACAUCUGGGAGGCUCUUCUGACCCAAGACAUUUCUCUUACCUGAGGACAUUCCCCAGUAAGGAAGGAACUAGCUGGCCCUCAGCAGCCAGAGGUCUGAGACCUGAUGAACUUGAACAUUUCUUUGCGUUGUUGAAGAAAAUGGAGCCCAAGUUACCUAGGUGGUUCCCCAGUCAAAAGACAAUCACCUGUAAGACAUCCUGGCAUGGAGUGAGCAGCUUGCAGCCUUGGCAGUGCCCACCAAAGGGAAGAGAAGUCUCUGGAGUCAGGUGAAUAUCUGGCUUCACCUCUAAGGUUUCCAUGUUGCGGAGGUGGUAGAGAUUCCCAGAGCCGCUCAAGCCUCUCUCUCCUGGGACCUGCUGCCCUGCCUGGCAACACCUUUCUAGCUCAAGGCUAGCAGCAGGUUUUGGAGUCUUCACUUCAGUGGGGCAGGUAGAAGAGAUGAAGCCCUCCUCCCACAGCCUCCGUCCCACAGCACCCAACAGAAGAUUGGUGCCAGGGAAGACUGACUUUUGUCUUCCUGAUUCUCAUGCGAUUUGGACAAAAGAUUCGGGACACCUGGACCUGAGCUCUGUAUCCCAUAUCCUAAAUCGUGCAUUUUAGUUCCAGUUUUUAUUUUUCAUUUUGUCUAUUUUUUUAAGAUUACCAUCUAAACUGCAUCCUCAGCUUAGGCCCACAGCCCCUUAAGAUCUCUUUCUUAGUCCCUGACUCUGAUGGUUGGUCUGUGGCCAGGCAGCCUUACUCAGGAGCAGGCAUCUUGGUCUUCCCAGUGCCUCGUCUACUCAGAUGUGCCUGUAGCCUUCCAGAGCUCACUGGCUCUUCCAGAUGUGCCUGUAGCGUUCCAGAGCUCACUGGCUCUUCCAGAUGUGCCUUCCUGAUUGGCUUCCAGCAGUUUGGCAGGCCUUUGGUUCUGCCAGAUGUGAGAAGGACAGAUAACACUGCCAUCACACCUCCCCUACCUUGGAGGGCCUGUACCAAGGGUCUGACCCCCGGAUCAGGUCCAGAGCGUUUGGAUACUGGAGCUAGUCUUGUAGGCCUGACAUCAGGACUCUGGCCAGCUUUAGAAUACCUUAGUAGCUCCCAGCCACAAAGUCUGGGGGCCACUUGCGGACCCAGCAGAUGAUACUUUUUCAGUUCUCUGAAGGCCAAGAGAGGGUUGGCGUGGGAGGCGUGAGGGGGUGUGUAUGCCUCAUCUAAUAGUUUAGUGGUGGUUACCGUAUGCUUUUCUGAAUAAAGCUUGGUUUGUUUGA